AUGCCGAUAGAAGAAAAACCCACCCCCGCAUCCACUGUGAUGUCGGUGGAGGACCGCGAUGCGCUCAAGCUCGAGACAGCGCUGGGCCACAAGCAGCAGAUGCAGCGCAACUUUGGGCUGCUGUCGCUGACGAGUUUGGGGAUCGUUGUUGCGAAUGCAUGGAGCUUAACAGGCGGCACCAUCGUCAUCGCAAUCUUCAACGGCGGCCCCAUGGCCGUCCUGUACGGGCUAAUCCUAGUAACCUUCUUCUACACACUCAUCUCCCUCUCCCUCUCGGAACUAAUCUCCUCCAUCCCCUCCUCCGGCGGCGUCUACCACAUCGCCACCAUCACCGGUGGCCCGCGCUACGGCCGCAUCCUUGGCUUCUACACCGGCCUACUAAACAUCAGCGGGUGGCUGCUCUCGGCGGCGUCCAUCUCCUCCACGCUCGGCAACGAGCUCGUGGCACUCUGGAACCUCACACACCCCGCCGCGGAGUGGAAGGCGUGGCACGUGUUUAUAGCCUUCCAGCUAGUAAAUUGGAGCUGCUGUGCCAUCGUCAUAACUUGUCAUAAGAGGCUGCCGGCGAUUAAUACGGCGGCCCUUUGGCUGAGUAUGGGCGGCCUGGUGGUGACGGUGUUGACGCUGGUGAUCAUGCCGAGAGGCAGAUAUGCGAGUAGUGACAGCGUGUGGAGGACCUAUGAGGACCGCACUGGCUGGAAUAACGACGGAAUCUGCUUCAUUCUCGGCCUUAUCAAUGCUGCCUUUGCAGUCGGGACCCCGGACUCUCUCUCGCAUCUCUCUGAAGAGAUCCCAAACCCGGAGCGCCUCGUGCCCCGCGGUAUCUUACUGCAGCUGGCAACCUCGUUCACCACAGCUUUCAUAUACCUCGUGGCGCUGUUCUACAGCAUCAACGACCUGGAGGCCGUCCUGGGGUCCACCAGCCGUUUCCCGACGGCGGAGAUCUACAGACAGGCAACAGGAAGUACCUCCGGCGCGGUGGGCCUGACGGUGGUACUAUUUCUCGCUACCUUUCCUACGCUUAUUGGAACGCUGAUUACGGGCGGGCGUACCCUCUGGUCCCUCGCGCGCGACGGCGCCGUGCCCGGCGGCUCCUUCUUCGCCGCCGUCAGCCCCCGCUUCGGCGGGCCUGUCCGCGCCACAAUCGCUGUGAGCGCAUGCGCCAGCGUGUUGAGCAUCGUCUACAUCUUCAGCACCACCGCCUUCAGCGCGCUGAUCACGAGCUACAUAGUACUCUCCUCACUUAGCUACGCCGGCGCGAUCGGUGGUCACGUCGCCACAGGUCGGAAGGCGGUGGUGCCGGGGCCGUUUUGGCUCGGCAGGUGGGGGUGGGCGGUGAACUUGGGGAGUCUGGCGUGGAUUAGCGUUAUGGUUGUGUUUUUCUGCUGGCCGUUUGUGAAGCCGGUGACGAAGGCGAAUAUGAAUUGGACGAGUGUUAUUGUGACCGGAUUGGCCGUGGCGAUAACCGGCUGGUGGUUGUGGGGCGCGAGGGGCGUGUAUAAGGGGCCCAGGUACUUUAGGGAGGCGGCGGAGAAGUUGAACGAUGGGACGGAGGAAUGA